AUGGCAGAUUAUAAUUCAAGCAAUGAGUGGAAUUUUACUGCAGCAAAUAAUUACUCCCAACUUGAGGAUCAAACAAGAUGUUUUAGUUACAUCGUAUACAGAAAAAGCGCCAUUGAAGAUUUCUAUAUCACGUAUGUGGUGAGCAUUAUUUUCAACUCGAUUUGUGCAGUGCCAGCAUGCUUAUUGAACUUACUGGUGAUCAUAGCGGUGUGGAAAAAACAGCAACUUCAUAUUCCAUCUAAUGUCCUUCUCAGUAAUCUAGCCUUAACAGACUUUGGAGUGGGAUGUAUAGUUCAGCCUCUUUUCGUUGCUCAUAAAAUUGGCGCAAUACAGGGGAAUAUUUCGCUUCAUUGCAUUGCUUCUCUUGCAAGCAAGACAUUGGCAUCAGUCCUAGGUGUAGUAUCACUGACAACGCUUACUGCUAUAAGCAUUGAUAGGCUUCUAGCGCUGAUUCUGAACGUAAGAUAUCGUAUUGUGGUCACUUUACGAUUUACUGCUAGGACAGUGGGUGUUCUUUGGAUAAUAAGCAUUAUUUUAACACUUCCACUAUUUAUUUACCCUCUGAGUUUUGUUUAUUGCAUGGUUCUCUUGGGUGCCAUUUGUUUCGCUGUCACCACGUUCGCGUAUGCUAAGCUACUGCGUUUGAUACAGCGACAGCGAUGCAGGGUUCAGACCGAUCUUCAUGCUGCACAGAACAACCAAGCAACGUCACAAACUCAGAUUGCGCAGCACACCCACGGAAUAAAAUAUCAAUGCACCAACGAUGCACAGCACAUGCAACAUCCGACUGAAAUGAUCAACAUUGCAAAAUAUCGCUCUUCAACUCACACUGUUAUUUACUUGGUUUUGUUCAUGAUUAUAUUUUACUCGCCAUAUCUUAUCAGCAACAUUGUUUUGGCCGUAACCAGAACAAGUGAUGACCGUUUUAAGGCGGCCUUCAAUAUCACUCACACCAUUCUCUUCAUGAAUUCACUGUUGAAUCCCGUGUUUCACUGCUGGAGAAUAAGGAACAUUCGUAAGGCCAUUUGCGAGAUGUUUUCUGACAUAAUGCCAGAAUAA